UAGAGGCGGUCCUUCAGCGUGACCGCGCUGUGAAAGGCCAAGGGAAGAGGCAGGGGAGCUGCACUGCGCCAGGGCCCGCCCUGCUUGCACCAGCGCUCCACCGAGUUAGUGAUUAGUUGCUGGUUCUUCAGCAUCAUCUGCCCCCCCAGCAGGUACACCGUGUCGCCCAGGGACCCCAAGGCGAAGGAGUCCCGGUACUCUGCUGACGUCAGGCACUCCCAGCUGCCCUGAGCCUCCACCUUGUACCUGUUUCAGUCAUGUGUGAAGGGCCAGUAAUAAACCAACGGCACACUAUUCUCACAUUUCAGUCUCUACUAGCUGGCAGAAAUUAGACUCAGUUGAGCAUAAACCUAAAUCCAUUUUGAUAAAACAUGCCAACAAGCUGCUCCUCACCUAAAAAUCUCCACGUUCCUUUCCUUCUGCCGAGCCAUUUUACGCACCCCAACCUCACCCGCCAGUAUGAUGUCAUUUUCUUCAGUUACGACCCCAGCACACACGUAUCCCAGGGCCUCUCCGUAGCGAGGGGAAGUGAUGUAGUAGCUGCGGCCCGUGCUUGGUGCAUAGCAGAAGUUGCGGUCGGCGUAGCCGCCGUAGCGGGAUCUAAUCCCUCCACUGUCAGUACCGAUGCAGAGCAGCAGGUCAGUGGUCUCCAUGCCAUAGCGCAGCCGGAGCUUUCGCGGCGCAGCAGAGUGAUGCAUGGCCGUGACGGCCAGGGCUUCAUUCAGCAUCUCUGUGCACUCUGCGUCAGCCAGCAGGGCCGUGUUCCUCCUCAUGGCCUCUCUGAGGUAGUCAGCGUCUAUCAGCGGCAGGCGGACCUUCCUGAGGAGCUCAGGGAGAUGGUGGCUGCGCCCAUCCUCCAGAGGACUGUGCCUGACCCAGCGCAGGACCACGUCCAGGAUGGUCUCCUCUCGGGAGAUGUUGAGGUCGUCUGAGCUGAGCAGCUUCCCCAGCUGGUGGGCCUCGAGCUCCAGCAUCUCCUCACUCUGACAGACCUUGAGGAAGUUCUGUCGUAAGAAGCGCUGGGCUUGGUCGGCAAGGUUCUCUGCGCCUAGGUCGCGGGCGUAGAAGUACACGCCGAGGCAGUUGGAGGCGUCCAUGUUGUCUGUCAUGUGCAGCUGGCAGCAUGCAAACACGUCGUCCAUCUGCAGGAGGAAGGCGGCGAUUGAGACCUCCUGGACGUUGGCGUUGCUCAGGGGCAUCUCCGAGGUGUACAUGUAGUUGAUGAGCAGCGCUAGGCUUUGUGCGUCAGUGUCCCGGAGCAGGAUCUCCCUGUUGUUACACUCCCGCAGGCCACAGGUGAACAUGACACGGAAGUAGGGGCUGAAGGCUGACAGUACGACGCGGUGGCAGGGGAAACUGAUUCCUUCAGCCACCAGCACCACGUCUGUGAGAUUCUCAGUCUCCCUCAUCUUUCGUAACUGGCUGAGGAGCGUCAGACUGUGUUUGGCGGUUCUAUCCAUGCUGUUUCACCUUGUGUAGCGUGGCAAAUGAUUCAAUCAAUUUGUUUUAUUGUGAAAAAAAGAUCAGUCUUUAAGUGUUGAGUUUCAACUAGUGAGGUCCUAGUCCUUGAAAAGGAAUAAAUAAAUAAUUGUUAAAGCAGAGCAAAUAAAUUAAUUACAAACAGCAAAAAUCCAAAAACUAUUCAGAGAAAGAUGAAAAGCUUUUCAUCUUUUCAUCAAAAAUUAUACGCUUUUUUUUUUACAACCAUCCAUGUUUUUCUAUUGCAUGUCGAUGGUGAUAUGGUUACCAAGAACGAUUAUAUUGGACAGAACUUUAAAACCAAUCAAAAGCAGCUUUCUCCAUCAUGCAAACCAGUUUCCUUUUGUCGUCUUACCAAAAUCAUCAACUUCACUGCUCUCAUGAUAAUCCAGUUGCUAUCUUUGUCUUAAGAAGACCAGAAAUUACUCAUGUUUUUGUUUUUGCUUCUGUCUAUGUGUGUUGUUGUUGUUGAAAAUGGCUAAGCAAUCGCCAGAGACAAAUCUAUUUUCCCUCCCCUAGCUCCCUUGCCCCUAUGAGGAACAAACCCAAAAAUAGAAUCAUUUUUCAAAGCAAGUGGGUCAGAGGGCUCAGCUAAUGGCCCUGACAUUUUACUUUAUUUACAUGUAUCUAUGUAUACAAACAACAUCAGAAAAUGUAUAGUUAACUGUGUAUUAGCAUUAUCUGAGUUUUGGCAGUGACAUUACAGUCAAUAAAUGCAAUAAUCUGCUCCAUCUUGGACACGUGUCACAUGCCAGAAGCUGUGGAAUGACAGCCUCAGAUUUCAGACUGGACUCUCUUAAAGGGCCAGUAAAUCAGCAGUUCUAUCUAUCACCAGGAACAGAAGACAUUUUGAAACGUCUCAAGCUGAAGUACUAAUAUAUUUUCCAUGCCUGGUAGUGCUUUCUUAACCUGGUAAUAGAUGACAGGAUGUUGGUGAUUUAGUUUGAUGGAUUAAGUCAUGGUUCAUUAGGAUCAGUUCUGCAGGUCUAAGGGAAAAUGCUAAAUUAACGUCACCUGGGGCCCGGAUGUCCACAGAUCUCCUCCCUAAAACCAGAAUCAGAUUAGAGUUUUCCCUCACCUAACAUCCAUUAGGCUUUUAGUCAUUAAACACCUCCUAACCAUGAUGUCCCAUCAGACCUGCUUAGUUAACCAUUACAUAUCAAAAUAUAUGUAAGCUGGCACGGUGACACUGAUGCUGCUGAACCAGUGGCGGAUGUUAGAAUCAGCACCAGGACAGAGGCGGGUUGGGGAAGUUCAUCAUACGUGUUAGCACCUUGAAGUCAGGUGAAUAUUGAUAGGUUCAGAAAAGUAAAAAGUUUUAAACCAUUUGUAGAGUUGUGGGCAGAAUAGUAGCCAUGGGCACUACAUAUAGGUCUGGGAAAUACAGAGUGGAGAGAGAUUUGCUGGACGAGGAGGGACUGGAAGCGAUCGCUCAGAGGAAGAUCUACUCUGAUACGCACCCUAGGCUAACUGAACGCCUCAAAGAUUCACUAAGAUGUACAGUUCCCAAACUGAAGCAGCGCAUAGUGCACAGCCUUCCUGUGCUGUACUGGCUGCCGAGGUAUUCCAUCUGGGAGUAUGGCAUGCCAGACCUGAUCUCCGGCAUCAGUGUGGGCAUUAUGCACCUACCACAAGGCAUGGCCUACUCGCUUUUGGCCUCUUUGCCUCCUGUUUUUGGGCUCUACACGUCCCUCUACCCGGCACUAGUCUACUUCUUCUUCGGUACCUCUCGUCACAUUUCCAUUGGUAAGUUGAUAUGUUGA